AUGGGGGGCUCAUCGCAGCAGCCUUCUACGCUGCUGGCGGUGUCUCGGUCUCUGGGCGACAAGGAUUUGAAGUCGGAGGGGCUGGUCAGCAGCACCCCGGAGUUGGUGCUGCUGCUGCUGCAGCAGCAGCUGCGCUUCAUAGUAUUGGCCUGCGACGGCCUCAGCGCGGUGAAGUCCUUAGCAGCAGCAGCAGCAGCAGCAGCAGCAGCAGCAGCAGUAGGAGCAGCAGCAGCAGCAGCAGCAGCAGCAGCAGUAGGAGCAGCAGCAGCAGUAGGAGCAGCAACAGUAGUAGGAGCAGCAACAGUAGUAGGAGCAGCAGCAGUAGUAGGAGCAGCAGCAGUACCAGAAGCAGUAGCAGCAACAGGAGCAGCAGCAGCAGUAGCAGCAGCUGGAGCAGCAGCAGCGGCAGCAGCAGCAGUAGCAAUAGCAGCAGCAGCAGCAGCAGCAGCAGAAAGCGGCAGAAGCAGAAAUGGUGCAGCAAAACAGCAAAUUGAAAUAACAGAAGUCGUCGACGCCGUCGGCGCGCAGCUGAACGACCCCGAGGCGGCCGCGAGCGACCUCGUCAAGCGCGCCUUCGAAAAGGGAAGUCAGGACAACCUAACGGCGAUUGUUGUUGUUUUCAACUGA